AUGAUAGCCACCGGUGUCGCCCCCGCCUCCUGCACUUACACUAUACUCAUCACGGCACUUGCAACACACUCAUCUUCUGAUGUCAAUUUUGUUGGGUAUGCCAAGAAGUACUUUUUGGAAAUGUUGGUUAAGGGGAUGAAGCCCCAUUCUGCCUCCUACACGACUGUGUUCGACGCCAUUGCCUGCCGGGAGUCGGUGGAGAAGGCCAGGGAGUUCCUUGAGCAGAUACAAGCAAAGGGGUUCGUCCCUGAAUCCAAAGUUUUUCAUUUUGAAGAAACCCACCUCGCAGAAGCAAUGAAAGGAAUGAAGAUGUAUGAUGACCUUGUCUGCAAUACCAAUGAUAAGGAUGUGCAAAAAGUAGUCCGCAAGUGGCGCACCAAAAGCGACUGCCUCUACAAAAAUUUGUUUAAAAUGUUCAAGGCUUUGAUUGAGGAUGGCAAUGCAGACCAGGCCAUGGAGCUUUAUAAGCGCCAUGUUGAGACGGGUAUGCUGCCCAUGGUCGUACCCCACACCUGUGUUAUUGAAGCCUUCCUAAAGUUUGGCAACACCAAGGGUGCUCUGGAGGCGUACUGGGGCAUGUUAGCUGCUGGGGUUGCCCCAAACUCCUACACUUACACUGUUUUAAUCAAGGGACUCACUGCUGACCCCAACUUCUCUGGAGAUGCCAAGAAGUGCUUGCUUGAGAUGAUGGACAAGGGGAUGAGGCCUAAUGCUGCUACCUACACUGCUGUGAUAGAGAGCUUUGCAAAGCAAGAGGACGAGGCAUCUGAGAAGGAGUGCAAAGAGUUGGUGGAGGUGAUGAUAGGUAAGGGGUUUGUGCCAAACGCAAAGGCUAUGAUGGAGGUUCUAAAGGGAAGGCCAACACCAGUAAUAAGAAGGGUCAUGAACAUUGUUCUUUCCAAGUUGAAGGGCUGA